AUGCUCGGACAAGCCUUCUUCGUCCUUGCACUCGCGGCUCUGGCUCAGGCCGGAGCUAUCGUCACCAACCAUUGCCCAUACACGGUCUACAUCUGGUCUGUACCCCAGUGGCUCAGCAGCUCACUCACCGAAAACGUCCCUCUCAAGCCUCAUGGUCAGUACCGAGAACCAUGGCACUUUGGAUCCCCCCUCAAUCCUGGUGUUGCCAUCAAGAUCUCCGACAAGUUCGAAGGUAUCAACAGGGGCGCCAACGAGAUCGACUUCGCCUACACGAUUGACCUGGACACCUUAGACAAGGUCUGGGUCGGCCUGGACCCGAUUCGAGGCAACCCCUUCCACAACAAGAUCGCCUUGCACAGCUGUCACCAGAGCUUCUACGGCUCCGCAAAGGUUGAGACACAUGUUUGCACCCCUAAAGACAACAUUGAGCUUGUCCUGUGCGAUACGUCACCACGCGUGACUACAUUGAAAGAUUCCACGUCUCUUGCCGAUAUCAUGUCGUGCUACGACUACCCAUAUUUUGGCCUUACACACCACGGUGCAGACAGCGCUGAAGCUCACACGGGCAACCUUCCAAAUCAUGUGGCAGAGGAUACCGACUCCGACUCCGGAUCCGACACUGACGGUUCCGAAUCGCGGGAGGCUCAUACCAUGAAGUUCACGUAUACCAUGGGCAUGACCGCUGAAUUCUCCGAUGAACCCACCCCCGGUUUCGUACCGGCACCAUCCACAUCGUCAGUGAUUCUUCCGCCCAAGCCAGAACCAACGGACACCACCUCCACCACGUCGCGCGGGGGCUUUUUCACACCACCUGCGCCUGCACCUCGCGAAACAGACUGCCCAGAUUGCAAGAAGCCACGAAAACCAGGAAACAGUCCAUGCCUAGCCAGGGUCAUUUACCCGGCAAGACGUCGCGUCCCUGCAGCUCGCAACACUCCAGACGACAUUGAGCCAACACGCGUACCAACCCCACAUCACUCAGUAAAAUCAACACUGUGCAACAUCGUCCGGAGGUAUCACACUGGAGUCGACGAUUGCGAUGAAUCGGCACUAGAGUCGUAUGCUCGUGCCAUAUACCCCACAGUCUGCGACCCCGUGAAUGCUUCACUCCUGAUGGGCUUCCCAUGCGAGGAGGUUAUGGAGGAGAUGAAGAAGGUCUACCCAGCCAUCGAUGCCCCGGUGAUUUCCCGGGCCCCCACAUGCGAGUGCGAACCUGACUGCGACUUCUGCGGACACUUCAACGAUACUUGCUACUGCGCAGGAGCUAUCGCGGCGCCAAUGCACGCGAGCGACCCAUCUCUCCCGACGGAUUUCGAUUCUUUCCCCUUCACUCCCGAGGAUCAAAGGAUCUGCCUGUAUUCCCUGUGCGACCCAGAGAUCCCCGGAGUCAGCUGCAAUGACGCAGCCGACCUACUUCACGCCAUUCUAACGCUCAACAACGAGAGUUACGAAGAAUGGGUCUCCGAGGUCAGGCCUCAUGCCUGCGAUGCUUACUCUGUUUUCAAGAUGGCUACAGGUCAGCUGGCAAUCUGCAUUGCUGAUCUUUGUGCGCACCACCCUGAGACAUGCGACAACAUCCAGGCUCUUCUCACUUCAGGUACCAAGGCUAAGUUGGGCUUGGACGUCUUCUUCAUCAAGCACCGCGCUGUCUGCGACCAGGUCCUCGAUGAGAGUACCUGA